AUGGAGGCUAAGCUAAAGCUCGGACUCGACGACCUUACCAAGCUCGGCCUCGGACGAAUACUUCUACUCAACCUCGACGAAGCUCGAUCUCGACGAGCUACUCUCGUAGUUCUAGACCCGAAACGACAACCCAAAAAGGAAAGGAAAAGGCUG